AGCCAGACCCUGAAUUUCGUAUCGUUGAAUUGUACUUCAUGCAUAACUUCCAUUACUUGCACCACCACACGAGAUCGAUUUCAUUGCACUUUUAUCUUCUAUCUUUCAACAUUCCGUAAUGCCGGGGUGCAUGUAUUGUCGACAUUGCAAUUUUUGAUUCGCUUCAUGUAUUUCUGUUAGCUUUUUUGUUUCUUCUUUUUUUUUUUAAAUAUUGCUUCGGGCAUAUUUGCCUGACGCUCUCCCAAAAUAUGGGUGUCCUCUCUUUCGUUCGCUCGAUAUACGGUCUCGAUACUCUCGACACUCGCUUUACGAACCCGUCUUCGAUACCUUACAGGACCGUUAUAGAAGCGCGAAACGAUGUAGCUGCUAGCAAAGAACGUGCGGCAGAAUGGAAGAGCCGAGGGAAACCGUCGCGAUGGAACACGCCCGAAUUCUACUUAUACUAUUUCAUCCUCGCCUUUCUCAUACCGUACAUGUUCUGGGUGGGAUAUGACGCUUCAAGACCCACAGAUUCUAAAUAUAGAAGAUAUGAGAACUUGCUCUCCCCGGGUUGGAUCCCCGGGCGCAAAAUCGAUGCCUCGGAUGCGCAAUACCGCACUUUUCGGAAUAAUAUCCCGUAUAUGGCGGCGCUUCUCGUGUUCCACCCCCUUCUACGCCGACUAUAUAACACGAUCGUAUACCCGAUAAAAUCCGUAGGCCAGUCGGCGCGACCAACACCCGAAGAGGCGGAUCAGAGGCUAAACCAGCGGGCCUCGUUUGACUUUGGCUUUGCGCUGAUAUACCUCGUUGUGCUGCACGGGAUCUCGUCCCUGAAGAUUCUUCUGAUUCUCUAUCUGAACUUCCAGGUUGCAACGACUUUACCCCGGAAGUAUGUCCCAGCGGCGACGUGGGUCUUCAAUAUCGGCAUGCUUUUCGCGAACGAAUUAUUCAAGGGGUUUAAAUUCGGUGCUAUCGCCGAACUAAUCGUUGGUUCCCCUGACACGCCUUCGCUUCUUCACGAGGGGCCUGUGGCGUGGGGUAGAUGGCUCGAUAGUUACGGCGGUCUCAUGGGUCGAUGGGAAAUCCUCUUCAACAUCACCGUUUUGCGAUUGAUUAGCUUCAACUUGGACUACUACUGGAGCUUGGAUCGCAGAAGUUAUAGCCCCGUAGAGAAGAAACAAAUCGACCCGACUGCUCUGAGCGAGCGAGACCGAGUGUCAAUCCCGUCACAAGCCAAGGAUUUCUCCUUUAGAAACUAUAUUGCGUAUGCUAUCUACGCCCCUUUAUACCUAACAGGUCCGAUAAUCACUUUCAACGACUUCAUAUCGCAGUUGCGAUAUAAACCAGCCAGCCUCGAAACCGCGCGCACGGUGCGGUACGGGAUACGCUUCAUCCUGACUCUACUCGCUAUGGAGGUGAUCCUGCACUAUAUCUACGUCCAAGCCAUCUCGAAAGCGAACCCCGUGUGGAGCGAGUACACGGCCUCGCAGCUCAGUCUGCUCAGCUACUUCAACCUGCACCUGAUCUGGUUGAAGCUGCUGCUCCCCUGGCGGUUCUUCCGCCUGUGGUCGCUCGUGGACGGCGUGGACCCGCCGGAGAACUUGAUCCGCUGCGUGAGCGACAACUGGAGCACGCUCGCCUUCUGGCGCAGCUGGCACCGCAGCUUCUACCGCUGGUCCCUCCGCUACAUCUACGUGCCCCUGGGCGGGUCCAGCUUCCGCACCCCGCGCGACGCCGCCCGCUCCGUGCUCACGUACGUCCUCGUCUUCACCUUCGUCGCCCUCUGGCACGACAUCCAGCUGCGCCUGCUCAUCUGGGGCUGGCUCGUCGUCUUCUUCAUGCUGCCCGAGAUGGCCGCCGGCUUCCUCUUCCCCAGGCGCGCCUGGGAGAACCGCCCCACCGCCUACCGCAUGCUCUGCUGCGUGGGCGCUGUCGGCAACAUCUUCAUGAUGAUGGCGGCGAAUCUCGUCGGCUUUGCGGUCGGUCUGGACGGGCUGACGAGUAUUAUCGCGGGGAUCCUCAAGGACUUUUCUGGAUUCACGUUCCUACUGGGCGCUUGCGUGGCGUUCUUCAUCGGCGCGCAGGUCAUGUUCGAGAUUAGAGAGUCGGAGGCGAGGCAAGGGGUCAACUUAAGAUGUUAAUUCUUGAACUUGCUAGUGUACCUUGUAUCCGGUUGACGUACUUGGCACGAUCCCCAAUGGUAGAUUCAUGUUCUGGGUAUAUAGACCGAUCGAACUGUACAUAUAGGUAAUCUUAAUAAUGCCGAGUAACUUUCGACCCGAUGCGUGCGUGUAUCAAUGGCGGACAGCAAGGCAGACAGCAUUGUUCCAUCGAUUAUCAUGAUUCACCCUAAACAUUUUCCCUAUAAACUCACUUAUUAGAGCGCUCGUCAUAGUGGGUAUAGGUUAAUAUCGGCUUAGAUGCACUUUCUUAUUUAUAACUCGUCCUUUUUUGACAUCAUAGCCACCUACUAUUCCCAUGUCUUUCCGACCCCUCGCUCUGACAAGAACAUUCUGGUACUCGUCUAUAUGUUUAUACUUUUCACCCAACCCAACCCCUACG